UGAGCUCUGCAGUCUCUCUCUCUCUCUCGCUCUCUCUCUCGCCUCCUCCCUCUCUGUCUCUCAGCCUCUCAGUUCCUUCUCCAACUUUGUCUCCCAUAUCCAUUGCUGCCUCUCUCUCUGUCUCAUCCUCUCCUCUCCAUCCUCUUCCUCUCUCGCUCUCUCCAUCCAGCUCCACCCCUGUCUGCUGGAUCCUUCAUCAAAACCCCGAGCGACACCAUCAGCUCCACAACAAGAUUCCGCUUUUAUUUUUUGUGAUCUCCAUCCUGAGCUGAGAAACUUCUAUGGAGUUGGAGUGAGAGGGGAGCAACCUCUAGGAGCUGCUGGCAUGGGGGGUCUCCAAGACUGGGGGCUGCUGCUCUUACUGAUCACUAUGUCAAGGCUGGCACCAGAGGGCAAAGGAGACCUGACCUGCUCAUCCUGCCACCACCACAUCCGCCUGCAGGGCACAGGUGCCGGGCACAUUGUCAAGAAGGUGCAGGGGGGCGCCCUAGGUGACCGUCCGGAGACUUUUGGGCACGGCGUGGUGAACGGUUGGGACGAUGACCGGGAUCUUGGAGCCUGGAGCAGGACAGAAAGAGGGGGAGAUGGCACAUACUGGGCUGGUAGACAGGAUCUGGGCGAUGGGUACGAAGGGGCCGGCGACAAAUUAGGAGACUUAGGCGGCAGCUCUACGGAUACAUGGGUUAAGAAUGACAAGAAUGGGGGGCACCGUGAAGAUGUGGGUGCAGAUGACUUCAUGGAGGCAGACAGCGAUCAGAGUGGCAGAACUGAUCAGAUGGUGGGCACUGGGACCGAUGCCAAUGACAGGACUGUCCAGUUUGUGGGUGAUGAUAAUGACCAAUUUUGGGGCCACGAAAUGAGGAUAAACCAGUUUGGAGGGGCUGGCGUGGGUGAUGAAGGUGACAGCAUGAGCGGAGUGAUGAUGACCGACCCCCUCACAGGUGCAGCGUUCCCUACACACCAGCAUAUGCCAGGUGGGCACCUUGCCAAGGACUCCAGAGAGAUGCCCAGCCGGGCAGGCAGAUGGGUCAGAGAAGCCGAGGGGCACAGGGUGACCCGAGCACAGGCCGGUGACCCGGACAGGGGAAGCCGCUUUCGUGUGGAGGAACUGAAGUUAAGCAGCACAACGUUCGCUCUGACCGGGGACUCUGCCCACAACCAAGCCAUGGUGCACUGGUCGGGACACAACAGCAGCGUGAUACUAAUUCUGACAAAGCUGUACGAUUACAACCUGGGAAGCAUCACCGAGAGCUCUCUUUGGAGGUCGACAGACUACGGGACAACUUACGAGAAGUUGAACGAUAAAGUCGGAUUAAAGACAAUUUUGAGCUAUCUUUAUGUCUGCCCAACAAACAAGCGUAAGAUCAUGCUCCUGACUGACCCGGAGAUUGAGAGCAGCCUCAUGAUUAGUUCAGAUGAAGGGGCCACUUACCAGAAAUACAGACUCAACUUCUACAUCCAGAGCCUCCUGUUUCAUCCCAAGCAAGAGGAUUGGAUCCUGGCCUACAGCCAAGACCAGAAGUUGUACAGCUCGUCGGAGUUCGGAAGACGUUGGCUGCUUCUAAGUGAAUCGGUGGCACCAAAUCGAUUUUAUUGGACGGUGACUGUGUCAAACAGAGAUGCUGACCUUGUCCAUUUAGAGACUAAGACUCCAGAAGGACAUGCUCAGUACAUCGUCUGCAAGAUGAACAACUGCUCGGAGACUGUGAGGACAAAGCCCUUCGCCGGAUACAUCGACACCAACUCCCUCAUUGUCCAGGAUGAAUAUGUCUUUGUCCAGCUCACAUCCGGAGGACGUCCCCACUACUACGUUUCCUACAGACGAGAGCCGUUCGCGCCAAUGAAGUUGCCAAAGUACGCUCUACCCAAGGACAUGCACGUGAUCAGCACUGAUGAAAACCAGGUAUUUGUUGCCAUUCAAGAAUGGAACCAGAAUGAGACCUAUAACCUCUACAUCUCCGACACUCGGGGGAUAUUCUUUACACUCGCUCUAGAGAACGUGAAGAGCAUCAAUGGUCCGGAGGGGAAUGUAAUGAUUGACCUCUAUGAGGUAGCAGGGAUAAAGGGGAUGUUCCUGGCAAACAAGAAGACUGACAACCAGGUGAAGACUUUUAUCACCUACAAUAAAGGGAGAGACUGGCACCUGCUGCAGGCCCCGGACAGCGAUCUGCGAGGGAACCCCGUGAACUGUCUGCUGCCAUAUUGUUCUUUACAUCUACACUUGAAGGUGUCAGAAAAUCCCUACACAACUGGUAACAUCGCCAGCCGAGAUACAGCUCCAGGCAUCAUUGUGGCUUCAGGGAACAUUGGAUCAGAGUUAACUGAGAGUGAUAUCAGCAUGUUCAUUUCCUCCGAUGCCGGGAAUACAUGGAGACAGAUCUUCGAAGAAGAACACAGCGUCUUAUACCUGGACCAAGGUGGAGUGCUGGUGGCCAUGAAGCACACCUCCUUACCCAUCCGCCAUCUUUGGCUAAGUUUCGAUGAAGGAAGGUCCUGGAGUAAAUAUACCUUCACAUCCAAUCCUCUCUUUGUGGAUGGUGUUUUGGGAGAGCCAGGGGAAGAGACAUUGAUUAUGACAGUAUUUGGGCAUUUCGGUCACCGGUCAGAGUGGCAGCUUGUGAAGGUGGACUAUAAGUCGAUUUUUGACAGACGUUGCAAUCCUGAAGAUUACCUUCCCUGGCAGCUUCAUAGUCAGGGUGAAGCCUGUAUAAUGGGAGCAAAAAGAAUCUACAAGAAAAGAAGAUCCGAAAGGAAAUGCAUGCAGGGAAAAUACGCGGGGGCCAUGUCGUCGGAGCCUUGCGUCUGCACCGAGGCCGAUUUCGAGUGUGACUAUGGGUAUGAACGACACAGCAAUGGUCAGUGUCUGCCUGCGUUUUGGUACAACCCAUCCUUCUUAUCCAAAGAUUGCAGUCUCGGGCAAAGUUAUCUAAACAGCACCGGUUAUAGAAAGGUUGUAUCCAACAACUGCACAGAUGGUGUCAGAGAACAGUAUACAGCAAAACCUCAGCAAUGUCCAGGGAAGGCUCCGCGAGGUCUCCGAGUCACCACAUUGGAUGGAAAGUUGACUGCAGAACAAGGACACAAUGUCACCUUUGUACUACAGCUAGAAGAGGGAGAUAUUCAGAAAACGAACAUUCAAGUUGACUUUGGCGAUGGUAUAGCAGCUUCCUACGCUAACCUCAGCGCCACGGAAGAUGGCAUCAAGCAUGUCUAUCAGAACGUGGGCAUCUUCAGAGUUCUGGUCCAAGUAGACAACAACCUUGGCUCCGACAGUUCUGUGCUAUACCUACACAUAACAGCCCCCCUGGAGCACAUCCACUUGAUAUUGCCUUUUGUCACCACGAAGAACAAGGAGGUCAACGCUUCGGUGGUCCUCUGGCCGAGUAACGUGGGGACCCUCACCUACGUCUGGUGGCUCGGAAAUAACAGUGAGCCCCUUGUCACCCUGGAUAGGACCAUCUCAUUUACGUUUGCUGUAGAAGGAAUGAACAGUAUCACUGUGCAGGUGUCUGCGGGAAACACCAUCCUCCAGGAUACUAAAACCAUCGCAGUCUAUGAACAGUUUCAGUCUCUGCGGUUGUCGUUUUCACCAAACCUGGAUGAUUUCAAUCCUGACAUCCCCGAGUGGAGAAGAGACAUCAGCCGCGUGAUUAAGAGAGCACUCAUGUAUGCCACAGGCGUGAGCAGCAGGCAGAUCUUAGUUGCUGUCCUCCCGGGUCUCCCCACGACAGCGGAGCUCUUCAUCCUCCCAUUUCAGGAUGGCUCCGAUGAGAAUAGGAAGACAGAAGAUCUGUCCCAGAUCUGUGAUGUUUUCAUCAAUAAGCUCAACCAAGAGAUGGUUCAUUUUGAGCUGAAGCCUGGAGUCCGUAUUAUGGUUCACGCCGCCCAUUUAACAGCAGCCCCAUUGGUGGACCUAACCCCGAGUCACAGCGGCUCGGCCAUGUUGAUGCUCUUGUCGGUGGUCUUUGUCGGGCUGGCCAUCUUCGUCAUCUACAAAUUCAAAAGGAAAAUUCCUGGAAUUAAUGUAUAUGCACAGAUGCAGAAUGAGAAAGAGCGAGAGAUGGUCAGUCCAGGCAGUCAAAAUGAGAACUUGUCACCCAAUGCCCCUCACACUCAGCCGAUGGGCCCUGAGGGCAAGUUGGAAACACAGCCCAUAGUAUUUCAAUGGUUGCUGAAAAUCAAAGCACAAACGAAAACCCAACCUAUGUUAAUGUGUGAAGAGAAGGAAGAUGGGAAGAAAGGAGGGCAGGAAGGAAGGAAGCCCACCGGGAAUCGGACUGCUCGCAAGUUUUUGAAUAAAUCUGAGGUUUUUAGCUUUAAACCCGAUGAAGAGGAUGCGUCGUCACUCUGUGUAAAGGCUACAAACUCUAUGGGACUCACCUACCCCCUUUUAAAACUCACUUGUGUUUGUAUAUGAUCAAUUAAUUGACAUACGCCAGAAAAUUUGCAUGCUUUAACCCUUUCGCUGAUUGAGAGGACUUGCAAAGAAAACAAAACAUCACCUGUCUUUUAGUAGUAAACAGGUUAAAAGGGCAUUUCCCCCUAAAAUAAGCCUUUAAAGAAUUGUCCAUGGGUUGUGUCUAGUAUUGUAGCUCUUCUCUUGCUCAUUUGAAUGAGUAUAAAAUACUGUAUAAUACCUGACACAACCUAUAAUUAAGAUUGGCGCUGUUUCUAGUCCUAGACAUUCCCAUUGUAUUCUAUGGAAAAGGCUGGGAAGAACCAUUCGGGCCACCAUUGUAGCUGUUGCUGAGAUUCUUGUCUACGAUUCCUAGACUACUUAUGGGAAAAUCUACAAAGGCUUGUCACCCAUCUCUACUGAUGACCCUUAUUCUUUCCAGCUGGCAAGGAUGCUAUAUAGCUCAUUGCCCCUCAGUACCACAUACCCAGCUUUGCUCACUGUGACUCAACCUCGGCACAUGACUACCCUCCUGAUUACCAGUGUUAGCUGUGUUACGACUGGCAAGGAUAAGUGCGGCCCUAAGCCCCCUUAAAUCUUUGUCCCUGCCUUUUGGGGUGCUCAUUUACUUAAUAGGAUUACCUCAACCACAGUGCUAGUCCCUACCAACUAAAUUGCUGGGAGUAGCAAUGUCCAAUACAGCAAGUCAGGACACUAUGUGUUAAACAGGCACAGAACAAGGACCGAGAACAAUACACAGAGAUUGAACAAACAGACAGAGAGAGGUCACGCAGGAUAGCAGAACAGUACAAAAUCAGAAAGCAAAAGAAAGUCAGGUCACAAGCCAAGCUCAGAAUUGUAGCGUAGAUAGUAAACUCUAAGACAGGCAAUGCAUAACUGAAGUUAUGUAGGCCACCUGAGGAAGACACACACCAAAGCUAGAUGUAUUUGGAGUGUCGUCCACGCCCCUGAUUGGCCCGAUGCAGCAGCCAAGCUCCGUAAGAAUGAACACUUUGCCAAACCAGGCCGUGCUGUAUCAUCAUCACUGUCCCCAUAACAGUUGUAUCCUCUGUUCCUUCCUAAUUUUAACUUUAUUCCUCAUUAGCUAAUGCAUUACAGAGAAUCAAUGAUCAUGCAAUAGGUAGAUAAAGUCCUGGAGCCACAUGAGUACCUCCCCUCAAGCUAGUUAUUGGAAAAUGGAUGCUAUGGGUCAGUGGUCCCCAAUUCAGUCCUCAUGGCCCUUCAACAUUCUGUAUAUUUUUUUUUUCAGUUACUCCAUUGGAAUAGAACAGGAAAAAAAAUCCAAAUCCUGAACUAUUGUUGGCCUUGAGGACUAGUUUGGGACCUCUGCUAGAGGUGAACUGCUAGAGUUGGUUCCCCCUAGACAAACAGACUGGUAGAACUGGAUUUACUAAUUGGUUCAUUUUCCUAUAGGUGUCUGGGAUAUCUCAGUGAUGAACCCAAUAAGAGCUGUGGUGGAAGUCAUUUUAGCAGUCACCAAACGUUGGGUGACAGAAGAAGGUGAUGUCAGGAAUUUCAAUUUACCAAUUUAUUUUUUUCUUUCAUUUUUGGGGUAAAUGCUCUUUGAAUAUUUUUUAAAGUUAUUAUAGGUUAAACAAGGAGAUUCUGUAAAUAAGGGGUUUCAAAGGCAACUAUCAUUCUUUUUUAUCGGUAUGUGUCGUACUUUACUUCAAUCCUCGCAAACGAAACAACGUAGCUCCUAGUCGACGUAUCAUUCAGACGUUAUGCACAAAAACUUCGGAACAUUAUUUUUAUUUUAUUUUAUUUGGUGCCGGAAAGUACUUGUCGUCUCUUGUGAUUUCUUUUGGAGAGAUUUUUUUUAGUCGGUGACUAAAAAGCUCUUCAGCGUAAAACAAUGUAACACCAAGAAUACUCGAGUGCCAUCCGGUCAGAUUCCGUUUCCAGUCAGCAAUUACAAUUCUUCUGUGUAUCCUGGAUAAAUUAUACGAUGAGACUCUUGGUCUUUUAUAUGAAUUGAUAGUUCGCUUUUGAACCGCCACUUGCAGAGAAGUUCUUAUCCUUUUGGUGGGAUGAAUUGCUACAUAAUAUCCAAUUUAUCUGGUGAUUUUUGUCUACUCACCACAUGGGGCGGGGGAGGAUGAUACUUGUAUAUAAUCCUUUAUAAAUAAAGUAUAUAAAUCUUU